ACGUUAGCACAGCUUGGACAACGCUAGCUUAGCUUUACUAUGGACACAGCACUUGGCCAUUGUCUCGCCCAAAAUCAGCACACUAUUAUACACGUUUUUACUGUUAAACUAAUCAGUUAAUUGGUGUCGGAAUGGGGUUUAGACUAUUCCAUUAUUCCGCGUAUUAACCCGACGUCUCUUUGUGGCUGAUAUGGAACAGCCUUCUGACAGCUCAGAUGGUUUACAGCCUCAGGAACUCUCCUCCACCUGCAACCUUCCUCGCGUUUUUGACCUGACGAAAAACAGCGAAGAAUGUCUUUUAAAAACCAACUCAAUCGAGGCCUUGCAUGUUGUCCAGCCACCGGGCUGGUAUCUCAGUUCUGGGCCCAGCAACGGUGCAGUGAUUCCAGAAGACGAGAGCGAUCCGUCACUGCAGCCCAGUGAGCAAAUCCAACCUGACAACGCGCUUUCCAACACAACGGUUACGCUCUCGUAUGUGACCAGUUCCCAUGUCUUUUCUGCCAAUGACUCGCUCUCGCAGCAUUCGCAGAUUUACAGUGUACCGAUAAGCAAAGCGUUUUCCCUUCACCCCACCGCGUAUGAUGCCAGCCAGCUGGUCAGCGACGCAGGUGCGGCACCGCUCUGUGUGGAAAUGGACCAACGCUGCCUGCAGCAGGUGUCUGUGCCUGUCGGCUUAGCCGCCUGCGCCAGCUCAUUCGAUUUUGUUACACCGGCACAGGUGUUAACUGGUUAUCUUCAGCAGGCACACAACAUCGGCGGCAUUCAAGAUGUCGAGAGCCUUGCUCUGGAAACACUCAGAACUUUACAACAGAACAACCCGGCUGAAUGCAAGAUUCCACUCAACCUGGACGAAAUUCAGAACGGCGCCGUUGGCAGCUUGUGGAACGCAGGACCUAUUGAUGGGAGCUUUUCACCUGGUCAUGUCGAGAACUUGGUGGAUCAGCACAAGAACGGCAACCCGGAAGUACUUUUCCUAAUCUCUAGAGCUGAUGAACCGGUUAUUUUACCAGAUAAUCAGGAACCUGCAGGUCUUGCUGUUUCGCUUAAUCAAGAUUUUAUAACAGCACUGGAUGGUUCUGUGUCACCCUCCUUUGCCUCCCUGAUUGGGGUAAAAGAUGCAACCAUUUUGCCACAGACUGCAGAAUCCCAAAGUGAAGAAAACCUUCUUGCUAAAGAAACAGACACUAGGCAGGAUGAAUUAAGUAAUGUGGAAUCUGAUCCUCUAACGAGUGCGGAAGAAAGAGAUUCAUCUUCUGCCCCUGAUGCAUUAAGUUCCACCAUUAGUGCUGAACUAGCAAAAAAUGCUGUUGACACAUCCAGGGCCAAAGAGUCCGAACAGAGCAGGGCGUUAUUCGAGGUUAAACAGAAAGAGGAGACUCAUGUACAUGGUGUGACGCGUAAGAAAACCCAUUCGCCUAGAAGUUCAUCUGCCAAAAAGGAAACACUAGUAAGAAAAGAACUUCCUCCAAGAACUAGAAGAGGGAUGAGGUUAGAGGCUAUCGUUCAGAAUAUCUUCCCUUCCAGGUACAAAUCCAGUCAUGUCUCUUCUGCAAAAAAAUGUCGGCGUUCUGACGCCCAGCCGGAUCAGACCACUCGUCUGGGAUCCAGCCAAGAUUUGUCAUUUGGGAACAACAACGACAGCAAUGUUUUACAGGAGGAAUGUCAUCAGAAGGUGGGAACUGAGACUAAUGAAAAGACAGCUCAAUUACAGGAAGAGUCCGAAGAAACAGAUGUUACAGAUUCAAGCAAAAUAUCUACCUCAUGUUCUGAAACUGUUUCAAAACAUUCACUAGCUAACCAAUCCCCAGGGAUAUCACACAAGCCCAUCAAACAUGUCAAAAAAUCGAAGAAACGACAGAACUUGUCAAACAGUUCGCCUGUAAGGGUGGGAAAAAGGACAGCAUUGCCUACAUCCAAACGUACAAAAAAACAGUCACAGAAACAAACUUCACCUAUGCGCAGCAAAAGUUCAGCAAGAGCAAAAAAAGUUCAUACCCCUAAAAAGAAAAGGAAAAAGCAUAAAGCAGGGCAGUCUUCCAUGUUCUCCCCACAGGAGCCAGAGAUAAAGCUAAGAUACGUCAGCUAUAAAGAAGAGAAAAGGGAAAAGAGAGAUGAGACCUUCUCGCCAUUCGUUCAUGUAAAACUGAAAACAUAUACUACCUGUACAGUAAUCAACUAUCCUGAUGAGAAUCCCUGGCUGAGCCGAGGGAAGCAGCCUGCACCAGUUGCGUCAGGGAAAAUGCCCACUACGCCAUGUCUGCAGUUCGGCCGUGUGUCUACGGAGGGCACCCGCAGGGGCUCUCUUGUGUGCUGCCUUUGCGGAGGCUCUGCUAAUGCUAUGGACCUAGGUGAUUUGCAUGGACCAUACUAUCCCGAGGGUUUCAGGCCUGAAGCAAGGCUGCCUCCUAAUCCGCAGGAACAGAGGGAGGAUGACUCCAGCGACUCAGAUUCAUCGAGCAAUCGGACUCGAAAGCCGCAUCACAAGCUCCAGGCAGUUGGUCUAGGGCCCUGUCAGAGAUGGAGUCGUAACGGUGAGCUUUCCUGCAGCCCCGCAGCUAAGAGACCCAGAACGGACACUGUGACAGACUGGUUUGCCCCACCCAUAGUGCCCUUAGAAGCCAGCGAGUAUUGGCUUCACGAGGACUGUGGCAUAUGGUCAGCUGGGGUCUUUCUUGUGAAAGGGAAGGUUUACGGACUGGACCGAGCCGUUAAGAUGGCAAAGGAGACGAUUUGCUCCUGCUGCCAUAAAAUGGGAGCAACAUUGGGCUGCUUUUUCAAAGGCUGCCCUAACAAGUAUCACUACAUAUGUGCAAUGCAGUCAGGUUGUGUUUUAUAUGAGGAAAACUUUUCAAUGAAAUGCAGAAAGCACAAGAACAAAUCCAUCAAAGGUGUAUCAUCUAACAAACAUAAGAGCAGGUGACAAAUGAAGAAGAUGCUACACAAGGAACCAGGAUCCUGUCUGCGGUUCAGCCACUAGACUGCCUCUAAGGGCAACUGACAGAAAAGCUGCUCUGGGACUCAGAAACCACAAACCUUAAUGCUUUCUCCUGCCGCUUCACUGUCACCAAGUUCUCUUCCAAACGACAGCCGUACCGAGCGUUGACGUCAGACGCAUCAGCACAGCUUUGGCUCGCUUGUGGCUGUUUACAGAUGAAGCCUAGUAUCUGAAAAGAUCCUCAGUGAAGUAUCCUUAAGGACCACUAUGGGAUAUAAUUUAGAACUAGACUCUCUCUGUCUUUUUCUCUCUUUCUCGGGAAGGAUUGCUCUAAAAGUAAUGUAGAGCAUAAACCAUUGGAAUAAAUAAAUUGCACAUUUAUAGGGCUGAAAGUAUAAGCCGUAUCUACUCAAUUUAACCACAGCACAAACCAAUCUACUAACUAAAGUUAAAUAAAUUCAAGGACUUUGUUGUGUAAUCAACUUGAACUUAUUUAUUACAUUUGGAUUAAAUUAAAUUGUAAGCUUUCAUUGUUUUUUUUUUUAGCUGCAAUUGUAUGUUAAUUUAAAAACCUGACUCCUCAGUGGAUUUUUUUUAAUAGACUCUCUAUAAAAUGUCAAAACUAUUGCAGCAAGUCGGCAGAUCAGACAUCAACGUGACAAUUGUUGGAUAUCAGUGUGGCGGUCAACUGUCCUGUCAUUGUCAUUUAUUUGCACCCAUUUUAAUAUACUUUUUUAAAAAUUAUUACUAUUUCUUUGUGUAAGUCAUUCUUACAGCCUGUAUGCUUGUGAUUUCAGUGGAGAAUGAGCAAACUGGACUUGGGAGUGCAAUGUUAGAGCCUGUAUCUCUGACUGAGGCGACAGUAUUGUCCGAAAUUUUCUGAACCCGGCACGUCUUUGAAAUAAAGAAAUUAAAUACAGAGUAAAUGAAUGAAACCCAACAAUAACUUGAUAAAAUAGUACCAGCAAUAACGCUAUUCAUUAUCUUGGUACUAUGCAACAAUCGUACACAUAAUAACCGGUGAGCUGUGUACGGUUGAAUGGUACAUAUCAGGAAUAUUAAACCUGCGUGGACUGUAUGUUAAUGUAAUUGCAGUUAUUUCACCAUAACGUAAUCGACAAAAUAACAAAAGAAGCACUUUUCGUUUUGUUUAUAAUGGCUGUCGAUAUUACUAUGUACAGCUUUGGUAAAACUGAUACAUGUGGAACACUGCCAUUUUAUUAAAGAUUAUUAUUUGAUGCGAUGGAACCAUUUAAAACUCAUUUACACAGUAAAAACUUAAUUACACAGCAACGUUGUAAAAUUUUUUUUUUAUUUCCUUCCUUCUUUUUUUCAUAAUGUCGAAUUGCCUGCCACACAUCUCAAGAGUAAUUUAUGUAAAUGAAAAAUAAGGGGCUGGAAUGAAUGUUGAAACUUGUGAAAGAACGUGUUUAUUAACACUUUUCUUUGACCACAGAAGAGAAAAUCCUGCAGUGUUUGUUUAUGACCAUCGGACUCAAUCUCGAUCCACGUUGUGUGCCAUGUUUCUCUCUUAUCUAUGUCCUUUCGUUGUAUUUCUGCAAGUCUUGCUGUAACAAAGGUUGAUUUAGGACAUUCUGUCCUCCACAAGCUUUAUAUUAUCCCACAAUCGUGCUGAAAAGUACCAAAAAAAAAUGUGCUCAUUUGUUGUUUUAAUUUCUUCUCUCAUUGAUUUCUUGUAUUGUGUAUUGUAAGAUCCUAUUCUCAGGGUUGAGCCUUACAUUGUUUGUCAUGUUUUUUACUCCCGAAAUUUAUUUAUCCAGGACUGACUACAAGAACACUCAGUCAGUGCUAAAUAAUAAAUUGGCUUCUUUUAUUUUUCUCUAA